UUAAUAUCAGGAAUAACACCUUACAAUACCUAACCUGCAGAGUUGUUAUGAAUGCCAAGUAAAUAAAAGCUGAAUCUUGUGCCCUUCUUUUCUUUAGUUAUUUUUCUGGGAGGAUCUUCAGUUUUUGCCUAGGACUUGCCUCAGACCUGUCUCCUACUUACGGCCAUCUGUGUGGCUGGGACACAGUCACACAAUCACCAUGCCUGGCUUAUUGAUUGGAAUGAUGAUGUCACUAAUGUUUUGUGUGGGCUGACCUCUAACCAUGAUCUUCCCGAUCUCUGCCUCACAAGUAGCUGGGCUUAAGAGAGUUGUGGUUGUAGAAGACAUAAAAAGAUGGAAAACUAUGUUGGAGCUUCCUGAUCAAACCAAAGAGAAUCUAGUUGAAGCCUUACAAGAAUUAAAGAAGAAAAUACCCUCCAGGGAAGUGUUAAGAUCGACAAGGAUAGGUCACACUGUGAACAAGAUGCGUAAACACUCAGAUCCGGAGGUGGCUUGUCUUGCCAAAGAAGUUUACACUGAGUGGAGAACUUUUAUUGAAAAACAUUUGGAUAGACCUUCUAUUGAAGUCCGAAGUGAUCCCAAAACUGAGUCAUUUAGAAAAAAUGCUCUGAAAUUACUCUCAGAAGCCUUGGAAUUAAAGAUGGAUCACCUACUGGUAGAAAAUAUUGAGCGGGAAACAUUUCAUCUCUGCUCCCGCCUCAUUAAUGUGCCCUACAGGCGGACGAUGAGAGCUCUGGUCUUCACAUUAAAGCACCAAGCUGAAAUCCGGGAUCAGGUGAAGAACGGCUCUCUGCCGGUCGGCACGUUUGUACAGACCCACAAAAAGUGACCCUAGGACGGUUCCAACCCUGGGCCGGGCAGAAGAGAAAAUGGGCCUCUCUCUGCCAUUCAAAGACUCUUUUGAGUUUGGGUGACGGCUGGUGCUGGCUGUGCUAAAUUUUCCCAUGGUGCCAUUCCUUCAGACAGGAUGUGGGGAGCGCUGGGAGACAGGCCUGCAGGAGCAUGCUUCAUUAGCUUCAGUGCGCUGGUGCUGCCUAACAGGACACACACCGGCUGUCACUAGGAAGCGCCAUACGGUUGCCAUCACCCAACACAGUGGAAGGGUGACGGAUUUCACUGUGAGUAUGCCAAGGACACCUCUAAACUUCCCCCGUGUCAGGCAGAUGAAGUUACCACUUUAUUUCGCCACCCUGCAGGUAACUGAAACUCAAUUACUGCUGCUGCUCACUCGGUUCCAUCCCCCUGAGUUUAGACAGCUCCUGUGCCUCUCAGAACUCCCCUGUCUGUUCUCUUUGCUCUACCCCAGGGGUGAUCCUGCCAGAGCCUGCAACUAGCCCUGCUUUCCACAGCUCACUUAUCUGAGCAUUUCAGCUCUCCCUAGAAGACCUUCUGUGUUGGUCUCGGGAGCCCCCAUGCUGAGGUUUCUAAUGAGGAACUGGCCCAAAGCCUUCCCCGCACCUCAGGGUUUAUUUGAAUAUGUCGGCUUUCAGUUUAAGGCGCUGUAGAAAAUACAUAAUGAAAUGUCUUUUGCAAUGAAUUACUGCAGUAGGGGAAAAAAUGCAUACAUACAUAUUUUUAAAUGAAUUGUUUCUAUACAGGCCUGCUUAUGGAAACACUUACAUAAACGAUAUUUUCCUUUUAUAAGUAA